GUUGCUGAUACCAAAUCUUUCUCAAGACCUUUUAAUAUCUUGUCUGUGAAAACAGAAUGGAAUAACUUUGGCUUUCAUAUUCUUCUAUUUGAUCUGGAAAACCUUGUUAAACUUUUGCUGCCGACUCCACUCAGUGACGAUGACCUUUCCAGUUCCUUCUAUGGUCGUGAGAUCCUUAAAAGAGCCAAGAGCACAGUAGAGAAGAAGACAUUGACACUGAGAAGAAAUAAAACUGCCUGUGGUCCUCUCUCAGCAGAGGCACAAGCAAAGUCCAUUAAUGAAAGCCUGGCCCAAGGAGAUAACACCGUUAACUUCUUAGAAGAAAACAAUGGCAUUAAACGGCAGAAGAGAAUGAAAAGCUCUAAAAAGAUGCAACCUAAACCAUCAAGAAAAGUUGAUACCAGUCUCACAACAGAUGCAGCUAAGUUGUUUCUGUCUUGCCUUCUGCCAUGGGAAGUAGAUAAAGAAUUAGAUAAUCUCUGCAUCAAGCAUCUUAAUAUUUUAAAGCCUCAGGGUCCUGUUUCUUUAGGACUUGUUUCAAAUGAAGAUCACUUCUCAUUGAUGCUGCCAGGUUGGGAUUUAUGCAACACUGAAACAAAGAAAGACUACUCAAGAGUAAAUUUAUUUUCCAGAAAAGUUUUGGACUUGUCAAAUAAAUACACAGCCACCCUUUCAGACCAGGUUGGAAUGUCAACAGGACCAGGAAAUAAUUGUGAUUCUAUGCAAGAAUCAAAUACUAUAGUUUAUUUAUUGAGUAGAUUAUUUUUAGUUAAUAAGUUAGUUAACAUGCCUUUAGAAUUGGCCUAUGGAAUUAACAGUUCUUUCAAAAUGGAAUCUGUACAUUAUAAGGUGAAAAAUCCUGGGAAUAAUAUUUCAAGCUUCUAUGGUUACUCACAAAAUGGUAAGACUGACCCCCAUAUACCUGAGGCUGACCUUUCACUUUUGAGGCUGAUUUCCUGUUGGAGAGACCAGUCUGUGCAGGUAACUGAAGCAAUACAAGCUGUUCUCUUGGCGGAAGUUCAACAGCACAUGAAGACUCUGAGAAAGAUACCAAUCAAUAGUCAACCAGUGUCCACGACAGAGAAUGGUCACUGUGAGAUGAUGCAGAUCCUGCCAAAGAUGGAGUGGGCCGAGGAACAAGAGUUACAGUGUAUUAGAAUCACUUUGCCUCUGCAAACUCCAGUCAGUCCGGUCAAGCAUGACAGCAACUCAAACCCGGCAAACUUCCAAGAUGCUGAGGACAUGCCUGACAGAUGUGUCUUGGAAGAGUCUGGGAGUCCAGGUAAGCCAAGGCAUAAUUCAUGGAUAGCAAAGGUGUGUCCCUGCAAGAUGUGCUAA